AUUGGUGCUCGCGCAUGCGCCGGCCACCGCGAACCUCGCCGCCGUUACGGAAAUCUGGUAACGAUUUCGACUCAACAGAAGCUUGACCAAACCUAGAUUAGAGAUCCACCCUCACCGCCACCGCCAGACGGAGAAAACCCCAGCCGACUUCCUAAAUUCGGGAUCCCCAAUCCCCGAUCAGUCCCGCCGCCGCCGAGCACGAUGUUCGAUUUUGAUACAGAAGCCAUCCACAAGAUCAUGUCUCCCUCAGUCCGGCCCCCGCCGCUCCCGAGCCCCGACGCCGCGCCCGCCUGGGUCCUCCUCGAGCCGGUGGCGUACAUCGCCGACCACACCAACGCCACCACGGCGGAGGCCUCCUCGAGCACGGGCCACACCGUCCGGCUCACCGUCUGCGUCACCGACCCGCUGGGCGUCUCCCACGUCUGCGUCCACUGCCCCGGCCUCAAGGACUCCGACUUCUGCGACAGGCCCACCGUCGACUGCUCCGACAAGGACUUCCUCAUCCUCUCCGUCGUCUUCAUGUUCGGUCCCCACGCCAAGCAGGGCCUCAAGGAGUACUUCAUAUACAAGGCCGGCCCGGGUCGCCCGGCCCUCCGCCUGCUCCCAGGUCCCUAUCCGCGCGGCUUCAGGGGGUCCGGCAUCGCCCUCAUGCCCCGCGACGACGGCGCGCAUUUUGUCCUGGCCGCCCUGGACUACUCAUUCCAGUUCGACGAUCGUUGGGUUUAUGAUCUCCAUAUAUUCUCGUCCAGGACCUGGGCCUGGACCCGUAAGGUGCCGCAGGUGGAGAUAUCGUCUCAAGUCAGGAGUGGGGUGUCCAUCAUCACACCUUCCAAGGUGAUUCAGCUCGGCGGCGGCACGGUGGGAUGGGUUGAUCUCUGGAAGGGGAUUGCGGUCUGCAACGUGUUCGACGAAAUGCCCGUGCUGCGGUUCAUCCCAGUGCCCCAGCUGAUGCCUGGCCACAUGGAGGGCUCCAAGUCAUCGUGGCAGGUGCGCAACGUCUCCUACAGCAAUGGUAUGAUCAAGUUUGUCGAGAUAGAGAAACAUGAGAGACAUGAUCCUGAUGAAAGGACGUUGGAUGACAUGGAUACGCUCUACGACUCAGACUGCUUGCCCAAGCCCAAAGUAAUUGGCUGGAGGGCCAUGACAUGGUAUAGAAUGAUUUCCUGGGACCACUGGCGCAAAGGGAGCAUGGCUUAUGACAAGGAAAUCUCGGUUGACUGCCAAACACAUUCUAUGUUUUUCCCCGUGCCUACAGACAAUAAUGCCGCAGAGCUGACACUCAAGAACCUGCUAGCAUCUUUCCCUGUCCUGACCUUGACCUGUGAUUCUGAUGAUAUUGUUUACAUGUUGUGUCAAACAAAAUCUAAAGACAAAGAGUCAUGGCUGAUCAGUGUUGACCUGAAAAAGAAGAUAUUGGUCGAAUUGGCACCAUUUGCUCUCCAAGGAUACUUCGCCCCAGCCCAACCUUCUGAAUUGUCCAAUUACCUGAACUGAGCUCCAGGUACUUAUACCAAUGCUUGUUUGUAAAUCAUAGGAAUUCUUCUUAACGACAGAUUACUUUGGUGCUGCUCUUCUUCUUUUGUUAAGCAAGGUUCAUUAUUAUGAGUACAUUUGAGUAUUGGAGACUGGAGAUAUGGUUUAGUGGUCCAUCUCGUUGUCCACAGGUCUUGGUUGUCUGUCAAGGCGUUGACGAAUAAUGCAAUGUCAGUAGGGUUACAGGCUUAUCAUGUACUGAUGAACAAAUAUAAUUUUUGUUGCAUUUUCAGCUACCUAUGCAAAUCAAUUAAUAAACACACUUAUGCA